AUUGCUAUGAUAAGCUAUCGUCAAAUAUAAAAGAACAGACCUUCAGGUCAACGUCAUUUGAGGAAAGCAGGAUGGCGAAGGUUGCGCUGAUUGUUUUGGGAGGGUGCGUCUUUUUUGGAUUACUCAAAUUGGUGGUUUCAGUUCCGCCACACGUAGAAGAAGCAGAUUUACGGAUAGCAGAAACCCCGGAACACGAAGACAAUCAAGAAGAAGACAGAGGCGGAGCUAGAGCGAGCGCGGUUGCCUUCGCUAGUGGAAUACAUGGACCGAGACCCAGUGCUUUGCCUGGCCCGACUCCGAGCCCUGGGUUUUUUACAGAGUGCUACGUAUGCACCGAUUGUCCUCACAUCCUCCCAAACACCACUUCCAAAGUAUGCCCCAUAACCCUUGAUCCAGCCAAGCGAGGCAAGUGUGUCACCUACGCUGAACAGUAUAAACAUAUGAGGAGACCAUGGUAUAUACGAGGCUGUGCUUCAGAAAGGGGAACCUGUGCUGACAUCAGGAAGGCCCAUGCGUCUCACGCAGACAUCGUCACUUUACUACUAUGUUACGAGUGUGAGGGAGAUAGAUGCAAUACGAGCGGUGCGGCACGAUCUAUAACCGACAUCACCAUGGUAUUCUUUGCUAUGGUGGUCACGCCAUUGAUUGCGAAAUACACGCUCUCCUAAAGUACAAACGAUCAAAGAAAAGGUCUCGGAAAAUUGAUUUUAAUUUAAAAAAUGUAUAGCAUUGAUCUAUAACCGUCAUGUUCGACCGCCUACUACGUUUUAAAUUAAGUAUAAAAGACAACCAUCUGUAUAAUCGCAGGUUUUCAUUCACAUCAUCUAUUUAAUUUUUACAGAAACUAUCACAAAGCAACAUUUUGAACUGCUCUUUCAGAGAUCUAAUAACUACCUAGGUACUUGAAAUUGAUAUUCCCAGAUCUUUUGUUUCCCAAAAAAACGAAAGUAAUUUUAAAACGCAGCUGACCAAAAAAUUACAUAAUAUGAACCUAAAUUUUCAUGUUAUAUCAGAUAUGUUUUGUUUACCAUCGUGAAUAGCAAAUAACAAAAAGUGUCCUUGUUUUGUUAAUGCACGCCAUUGACGAUCAAUAAUUCUCACGUUUCUGCAGCACCCACGACUAUAACUGAUCGUGUAUUUAUCGCAUGACGGCUUGACUUAUAAAACGUCUUCGCUGCCGUUUGUGCUGCAGAAACGUGAGAAUAAUUGACCGUUAAUGGCUGACUUAAUAGUGCCAAUUUGUUUUUCUUGCUUAGGUACAUGUAUGUAACAAACAUUGUAACUGCGCGUUAAAGUUGUUGAGGUAAUGACAGCUCAGAUGGCACGACUGGACACGAUAGCCUUGAAUUCUCGAAGGUACCUACGGCUGUACCAGAGGCGUACUAACAGGGGGGCAAGAGCUCUUCGAUUUUUUUUUUAAUUUGCCAAUUUAAAAAAAAAUUGUAACAAUAAAAACAUGCACGCCUCAUAAAUCUCGUUAGACGAGUAGCUAGUAGCUAGUAGUAGUUCACGAUCGAUUAAGCAGCAAAGUUUAAGACAGACAUUAAUGCCUCUUCCAUGCUUGCAGUAGUAUUAGAUUGGCUCGGUUGGUUAUUUCUUCAUAAUAUAUUUUAAAUUUUUUAUUGCUCCUUCCGAAGCAGUGAUAGUUUUCUUGAUAUUCAAUAAGUAUUGACAAUGUAAAUGACGUCGGUUAAAUAAAACAUUUUACUUGAAAAAAAUAAUUAAAUUGUAUGGGUGUCAAAUUUCCCUUCGGGCCCCGAGCGAUAAAACCCCAUGCUACGCCACUGGACUAUACAAUAUCUCGAAGAUUUGUUUUCCAAGCUACAUAUUCAGUUACGUUUUAAGAGUUAUGACUCAUCGCUUACGUCAAAUGUCACGUUUUAGGUGGAUUUUUAAAGACGUUAGUUUAGAUUUUUAUAUCUGUGUACGUCGGUGUUGAAGUCUUCCUUCUGCGUCCUAAACCAUCAGAAUGAAGCACGGAAUCAAAAUAUUCUUGAAAUGUCAAAAUCCACUGAACUGUAUCAAACAUGGCCAAGUUAUAAUAUAUCUGAUUUGACCUCAGCUAAUAGCUGCUCGACUGAUUUUAGUGUUAAUCUUUUCAAGAGUCUCAUAGAUUGUUACUAAAUGUAUUUAUAAAUAAACGAUUUCCUACAUUAUUGUUGUUUCAUUAUUCUUAAGAACGCGAACGUAGUAAAAUUGACUAAUUUCUAUGUUAUUAUCCUAGUUUAUAUGAAAAUAAAAUAGCAUUUAUUAGA